AAGAUAGAACACGCGAGUAAGACAUACAGUAGAAACAAACCCAGUUGUUCAUCCUCUGAAAUUCUCCCCAAAUUUGGUACCCUUCAUUUCUUCUUCGAUCUCUUUCUCUCUCCUCCCCACACUCUCUCUUUGCCACCAACUCCACUCCAUCUUCGCCGCCGUCAAUUCCUCCAUUUCUUCGCCGCCGGCGUAUGCUUCUCGCCGGACUUCAUCUCCCAUUUCUCAUUUCAAGGAGUACUGUGUCAGGUGUCAUGGUCACAUCCUUUCCAUGUUCAAGGCUGGGUGACAUAGUGGGUGAAAGUUGUGAACAAGGAAUUAAGACUUUUAUAACCAUAAUAAAGUUCGUUGUGUGAAAGGGAAUAAAGACAAAUAUAUUUCAAAUUGGUGGUUGCUUUUCUAAAUUUCUUCUCACAAGAAAUUAGAGACUGUUUUCAUCAUCAAGCUACACAUAAGGGUAUAGUCUAAUGCCAGAAGGAGCAAUGGCAGUGGUCAAAUCAGAGAUGAAGUCUUAUGUUUGGCUACAGACUGCUGAUGGGUCAAUUCAGCAAGUUGAGGAAGAAGUUGCUAUGUUUUGCCCCGUCAUAUGCCGCGAAAUACUUCAAAAAGGCAUGGGGUCCUCUAAAUUAAAUGCUAUUGUACUUCCAGAACGGGUUAAUCCAGCAACCCUGGGUUUAAUUCUGGAUUAUUGUCGAUUUCAUCAAGUGCCUGGCCACUCUAUUAAGGAGCGGAAGGCAUUUGAUGAUAGGUUCAUCAGAUUAGAUACCAAAAAAUUAUGCGAGUUAACAUCUGCUGCUGAUAGCCUUCAAUUAAAACCUUUGGUUGAUCUUACAAGCCGCACACUUGCUCGAAUAAUUGAAGGGAAGACUCCAGAGGAGAUACGUGAGAUAUUCAAUUUACCUGAUGAUCUUACAGAGGAAGAGAAGUUGGAGCCUUUAAAAAAUGUGACUGAUGAUCCCCGCAUUCGACUGCUGAAUCGAUUAUAUGCUAGAAAGAGGAAGGAAUUGAAAGAAAGAGAACAGAAGAAGAUUGAAGUUGAAGAAGAGCAUGUUGAUAAACGCUCUGUUGAUGAUCUUUUGUCGUUCAUAAAUGGUGGAGAGAACGAUUCAAAAGGAGCUAAAACUAAUAAAAGCAAAAAGAAAAAUCGUCGGAAGAAAACACACUCUAAAGUGUCCUCAAACAGUGAAAAUGGAGACCACAAGGUGGCUAAUGGUAUAUCCCAUAUUUAUGAAAAUGGCAAAGCUAAUGAUGGAAUGGUGUUGGAUUCGGGUCCUAGUUCAGAAUCGUUGGACCCUUUGAGCUCUUUUUCACCUAAGCUUGACUUUGAUGAGGCUGAUAUUGAUGAUGAGCUGGAUCCAGCAAUGAAGGAAGAACUUGACAGGGAGGUAGAGGACUUUGCUCGGAGAUUGAAUUCAGAUUGGCCUGAAAGAAUGCAAGAGAUUCUUUCUUUGGGCCAAGGAAAACGACUUACCCCCAUAUCUGCAAGUGGCAAUGGCUCUACACAAAGAUAUACAGGUUUACAACAAAGAUAAUAAUGACAUGAGAGAGGAUGAGCUCCUCUGUGUGGGUUAGCUGUUCGUCCUAAGCGUGUGCAUAUAUUUAUAUCUUGCACACUGUAUUUGCCAUGCUUAAGCGAUGGAAAAUGGGCGGUUAGGCUAUUAGUUGCAAAAAUUUGUAUAUUGUUGGGGUUGGGAAAUAACUUGGUUCUGAACAUUUGUAUACCUUCAGUUACACCAUAGGCUCAUAGAUUUGUUCUUUGCACAUUUUUCCCCUGGAUUUUAAGUGUCCCUUCUAUUUAUUUUUUAUUUUUUUUAUACAAGUUUCUUGUUGAAUGCAGUGCUUUCUGUAUCCGUUUGAACUAGCAAAUGUUUUUAACACAUACCAGAAAAGUUUCUUGUUAAAUGCAAUGCUUUCUGUAUCAGUUUGAACUAGCAAAUGUUUUAACACAUACCAGAAAAUCGACUGUAAAUCUAUCUUUCCAUUUUUAGAUUUU